AUGGAAAGCAAACCAAGCAGGAGAAUUCACUCAAUAUGUGUAGCUAAGCGGCGAGUUAGAGGAGAGAGAAGAAGCUACCCACUCGGCCAAUCGGGAGUUAGCGGCAUUGAGUUAAGUAAUAGAAAGAGUUCCAUCAAUCGGCAACCGAACCUGCGGCUAAAGUAUUUCACUUCCCUUGCUAAUCGAUAUGCCAAACAGUUGCUUGAGUUGAGGACUACAGGGUCCUUUUGGCUCUUUCUUCGCUUCGCCCCUUGUUUUCUUGUAGUUUUUUUAGUUGAUUCAGUUUUUCUUUACUUGUGA